CCUCUGUGCUCAUCUUUCUUCCCUAUCUCAUCCCUCUAUGCUCAUUUUUCUUCCCUAUCUCAUCCUUCUGUGCUCAUCUUUCUUCCCUAUCUCAUCCCUCUAUGCUCAUCUUUCUUCCCUAUCUCAUUCUUCUAUGCUCAUCUUUCUUCCCUAUCUUAUCCCUCUAUGCUCAUCUUCUUCUCUAUCUCAUCCUCCUAUGCUCAUCUUUCUCUUGCAUAUACUACAGUUUCUUUCAUGUUUUUCACCCUACACAUUUUCUCUUUCUUUCUUCUUUCCUUUUCUAAAUCUUUUCUCGCUUACUUUUUCCUGCCAAGACCUUUCUAACAUUGGUAUCAAAUUUCCUUUAGGAUAAGGGUUGGAAAGACAGAUGGCUUUGUGUAGAUGGUCGUCGAGUUAUGUACUUGGAGAAAGCAACGGACGCGUUCCCGAAAGGCGAAUUUAUAUUAGGCACGAAAGGCUAUGACGUCACCUCGGGUUUUAACGAAUACGAGGCCCCGCUCAGCUACGGCUUUUCGAUUCACACACCAGAUCGAGUUUACGAAUUCAGUGCUGGCACGGAGGACGAACGGGACGAGUGGGUUAAAGAUUUGAAGAAAAUAGUAUCAACGUCACUGACGGAAGAAGAUAGAAAAGCAAUUACGUUGAGCGAAGAUUUAGAAAGAAAAAAAUCUCAACAAAGUUCAUUAUCCAGAAUAAGUCAAAAAUUUUCAUAACAUAUAAAUUAUAUUAAUCUUUAUAUAGAUAUAUAUAUCUAUAUUUUUGUAUAUGAUGCACCUAAAAGUCAAAUGCCUUCAGACUUAUAUUCAAUAAACCAAGAGUUGCUAAAUAUACAGUAGCGACAAUAGUUCAUGUUGCAAAAUGUAUGUAAAUUUAUUGUACUGCCGUAUAGGAAAAGAGCCGUGUCUAUGAUAAAUACCACACACAAAUUUUAUAUUUAUAACCGCAGAAUUUUAUUCACUUUUAAUGAUAAACCA